ACCACAGGGGGUCGCUGUCUGACACGAAGCUGCAGCAUCGUAUUUUAAAGGCGUCUCGGAGGAGUCGAGCAGGUCGUUUUGCCGGUGAAAAUGGAACAAAGCCGCACAAUUGUGAGCGUUAAAGUAUGAUUUCAGACAAACGUCGUGCUUUGUAGGGUUUUUUUUUGUGAUGUGCAUAAACAACGAGGUAGGUGAAAAGAGUGACGAACAAGGCUUUGAUAGACGUUUAACAAGGCGCCAUAUGGAGAACAACAACAACGACUACAUUUGACUCGGUAUCGGACACAACGUUAACAUCCACAUGUGCGUCGUCAAGAGGAGGACGAGAUGAUGUUGGUCAGCGCCCUCCUGAGCCUCGCCGGGUGGGUGUCCCUCUACUUCGCCCUGUGUCGCGUCAACGGGCGCCGCAGCUCCGAGUGGAACUGUCGCCUCGUCACCUUGUUGCAUGGGAUUCUUGCCGUCUGCGUCACGGCGUACAUCGGCCACGUGGACGGACCGUGGCCCUUCACACAUCCAGGUACAAAGAACACACCUCUGCAGAUAAACGCCCUGAUGCUGAGCCUGGGCUACUUCAUUUUCGACAUGGCCUGGUGCGUCCACUUCCGCACCGAGGGGGCCGUGAUGCUGGCCCACCACACGGUGAGCAUCCUGGGCAUCCUGCUGACCCUGUGGCUGGGGGAGUCGGGCAUCGAAGGCUGCGCCGUGCUCUUCGGCAGCGAGAUCACCAACCCCCUCCUGCAGGCGCGCUGGUUCCUCAAGCAGACGGGCCGCUACGGGACGCCGCUGGCCGACGCCGUGGACGUCCUGUUUGUGCUGCUCUUUGUGCUGAUGCGAGUCUUCGUGGGAGGGACAAUGCUGUACUGUGAGCUGAUCUCUCCGAGGCCCAGAUUCUUCAUCAAGUGCGGGGGAGUGGCCAUGUACGCGCUUUCCUGGGUCUUUAUGGUGGACAUUGUUCGCUUUGCCGUCCGCAAGAGCAGGACUUGGCGCCAGCGGCGGCGUGAGCAACAGGAGGCGACUAAUGACGAUAAAGGCAAAAAGGACUGAUGAGUCAUACUUUUAGCAAAUACUUUUCAUCUAUGAAACUGAGAUGC